AUGGCGAAGAUAUUAGCGCCGCACCUCCGCGUCCUUCUCGUGGCUCUCCUCCUUCUCCUGCUGGCCGGGUCCCCGUCGGUGCGGGCGAACCGAGGGGCGACGUCGCUCCAGGACGAGGAGAGGGACAAAGAGAGCGACGCGGAGACGCCAUGUGAGGUGAAAACCGUCACCGUCUCCACGCUGCCCGUACUCCGGGAGAACGAGUUCAGCUUCACCGGCGGAGCCUCGGGGAACGUGGCCGGUGGAGGAGGAGGAGGAGGAGCAGGUGGUGCUGGUGCUGGUGGUGGAGGAGGAACUGGAGGAGGAACUGGAGGAGGAGGAGGAGGAGGAGCAGGAGGAGGGGGGGAAUCCCGACUCCUGUUAUUCGUUAGAACAGACCUACCUGGGCGAAUCUCCGUAAUGGAUGAUCUUGACAACACUGCUCUUCCCUACUUCACUCUCGAGAUGUCGGGGACGGGAGAAGACAUUUCCCAGGUGCACUGGAAGCAGCAGUGGUUGGAAAACGGGACUCUGUACUUCCACGUGUCCAUGACCGAGUCCGAGCUUCUAGCGCAGACGACGCAGCCCACGGCCCGCGAGCCGGCUCACGUCCUGCACGAACACAUGCACCUGCUGCACAUCUCAGUUAUGGGAGGCCUCAUCGCCCUCCUCCUCCUGAUCCUCCUCUUCACCCUCGUCCUCUACACCCGCCACCGGUGGUGCAAGCGUCGCCGCAUCCCGCAGAAGAGCGCCAGCACCGAGGCCACUCACGAAAUCCACUACAUCCCCUCGGUUCUGCUCGGGCCGCAGGGCCGCGACAGCUACCGGGGCUCCAGGAACGCCCACCAGCACGGCAGCUCCGUCAUCGGGAUGCCCAUCCGGGAGACCCCGAUCCUCGACGACUACGACUGCGACGAAGACGACGCCGGCGGACACUCGCUCAACUCCACGCCCAACCAGCUCCACAACAAGCUGAGCGACGGGAAGGUGCUGGACGACUAUGGAGUUAACGUUGGCAUCGGAGGACACACGGACAUGAUGUGCAAGGACGACGAUAUAAAGCAUAACUUCGACAAACGAGCCAUUGACCCAAACACAGAGUCAGUAGAGGAUUUGAUGCAGAGGUUCCAGGACGGUUUCCGUGUUCCCACGCCAACAGACAUGUCUCACUACCAGCACGUCAUGCACAGCUCAUCGACAGGCCGCCGGAGGGUCCCCAGCCACACCAGAGCAACCGGAGGUGUGUUUGGUCCUCAAGGAGAAUCGGGGUCAGAGCCCGAGGACGACAACCAAAUGAAGUUCUACACAGAGCAGCACAGAGGACGAAGACGCAGCAAAGGCCACCCACACAGUCCUCUAAAUAAGGUCACCCUGACGCUGAUUACCAUCAGCACAUGUGUCAUUGCCAUUGUCUAUGCGACGCAGGAUUCCUGCCCCCUCACUGUCAAGGUUACCCUCCAUGUGCCGGAGCAUUUUGUCGCCGACGGAAGUAGCUUUGUGGUGAGCAUGGGCAGCUUCCUGGAUGUCUCUAAUUGGCUAAAUCCAGCCAAGCUGACUCUCUACUAUCAGACCAAUUCGUCCACACAGUGGGUCCGAGACUACUGUGGCCAGAGGACAACGGAGCCCUGUGAGCAAAUUUGCGACCAGGAUACAGGAGAAUGCAGCUGUCAUGAGGGUUAUUCCCCUGAUCCUGUCUAUAAACACCUCUGCGUUCGCAGCGACUGGGGUCGCAACGAAGGCCCGUGGCCAUAUGCUAACUUGGAGAAAGGCUAUGACCUAGUUACAGGAGAGCAGGCCCCAGAGAGGAUCUUCAGAUCGUUCUACAGUCUGGGCCAAGGAUUGUGGCUGCCAGUCAGCAAAAGCUUUGUCGUGCCACCAGUGGAGCUGUCAAUCAACCCCAUCGCCAGCUGCAAGACGGACGUGUUGGUUACCGAGGAUCCGGGGGAGGUCAGAGAAGAGGCCAUGAUGUCGACGUAUUUCGAGACAGUGGAGGACCUGCUGGCAUCUUUCGGGCCCGUCCGUGACUGCUCCAAAGAUAACGGCGGCUGCAAGAAGAAUUUCAAGUGCGUGUCUGAUCGACAGCUCGAAUCAUCCGGCUGCAUGUGUCCUGAGGGGCUGAGGCCAAUGAAGGAUGGCUCAGGUUGCUAUGACUACUCCAGGGGCAUCGACUGCACGGAUGGCUUCAAUGGAGGCUGCGAACAGCUGUGUCUCCAGCAGCUCGUGCCUCUCGAAGAUGACCCCGGUUCGAGCAAUGUGCUCAUGUUUUGCGGGUGCGUGCAGGAGUACAAGUUGGCGGGGGACGGGCGCUCCUGCCUCCUGCAGUCAGACAAUUGUGAGGGACCAAAAUGCCCAAGGCAGGAUGUCCACUUCAAUGACACCCUGUUUGGUGAGAUGCUGCAUGGAUACAACAACAAAACCCAGCAAGUCAACUUGGGACAGAUUUUCCAAAUGACCUUCCGGGACAACAACUUCAUUAAGGACUUUCCCCAGCUAGCCGACGGUCUCAUGGUCAUCCCCCUGCCGGUAGAGGAACAAUGUCGAGGGGUUUUGUCAGAACCGCUGCCCAACCUGCAGCUCCUCACAGGUGAUGCCCAGUUCAGCGAGGCGGUGGGCUAUCCCAUGGUGCAACAGUGGAGAGUACGCAGCAAUCUGUACAAAGUCAAACUCAGCUCCAUUACCUUAUCGGCAGGCUUUUCCAAGGUGUUGAAGACGCUGUCGGCGGAGAGCACGCGUGAGGAGCUGCUCACUUUUCUCCAGCAGUACGGCAGCCAUUACGUGUCUGAGGCCCUGUACGGCUCCGAGCUCAGCUGCAGCAUCUACUUCCCCAGCAAGAAGGCCCAGCAGCAGCUCUGGCUGCAGUACCAGAAAGAGGCGACAGACCAGGGAGUUGGCGGAGGUGGGCGGCGUGAGCUGAAGUCAGUCCCCUUCAUCAGCUACCUGUCGGCGCUGCAGAAGAGCCAGCUGUUGUCUGAUGACAUGGUGAAUGGCGUGGAGAUCCGCUGCGAGGAGAAGGGCAGCUGUCCAGCUGGCUGCCACCUGUGCCACCACCAGGCCGUGAUGGGGGGAGUGUCAGGCAGAGGCCACAGUGGUAACAGCAGGAGCGGAGAGCAGCCUUCCCCCAUCCCCGUUCUGCUGGAAGUCAGCCGCAUCGUGCCCCUUUACAGCCUGGUCCAAGACAACGUCACCAAAGAGGCCUUCAAGAGCGCCACAAUGAGCUCAUACUGGUGUGCUGGAAAGGGCGAUGUCAUUGAUAACUGGUGUCGCUGUGACCUGAGUGCCUUCAGCAAAGAUGGCCUGCCUAACUGCAGCCCCCUCAGGCAGCCAAUUUUGCGUCUAGCCCCUUACCUGGAGCCCUCGAGCACAAUGGUGGCCCUGGAGUGGAUGGAUGUGGAGCCUCUGAUCGGCUGCAAAGUUUCUGACUACAUCAUCCAGCAUAAACGAGUGGAGGAUCCAUCAGAAGCAGAGGUCUACACAGGUGAGGUCCUGAGCUUGAUGGAUGACCUGUUCUCCGGUUUGGGUUCGUCCUGCGUCGUCGCCGGGAGGAGGAGCGGAGACCAUCCCCACUCUGUGCUAUAUUCAGUGGUCUUCAAGUGCCUGGAACCCGACAGCCUCUACAAGUUUACUCUCUAUGCAGUGGACAGCCGAGGCAGUCACUCUGAGUCAAGCUUCGUCUCGGUACGGACGUCGUGUCCGGUGGUGGAUGAUAGUCGAGCUGAAGAAAUAGCAGACAAGGUGUACAACUUGUACAACGGCUACACCAGCGGAAAGGAGCAGCAGAUGGCUUACAAUACGCUGAUGGAGAUUCCUCCUCCGCUGCUAUACAGAGUCCAGCACCACUACAACUCCCACUACGAGAAGUUUGGAGACUUCGUCUGGCGGAGCGAGGACGAGCUGGGCCCCAGAAAAGCCAACCUGAUCCUGCGUCGGGUGGAGAAGAUCAGCCUCUACUGCCGCUCCCUGUUGCGCAGCACCCACAUCCAGAGCCGCACGGACACCAUGGCGUACGUCUACUGCCGGAGCGAAGAGGGGCGACCUCCCAGCAACAUGUGGCACGGCUCUUUACACGACAGUCGCACCAUGUGCAUGGAAAAGCUCAUUUCUGUACAGCGCAACACAUACAGCAACACCAAACUCCGAUGA